UGCUUUCUCUUGUCUGUGGUCUGUAAAGCUGCAGUCAGGAAGUGCUGUUUGCAGUGAGGGUUCAUCACAGCUAGAGUUUGAUCAUUAGCAGUUUAGUGUCCACAGUGGGAACCGGGCUGUUCUGUUGCUGCUUUGGAAUUCUGAAUCACCGCGGAGUCUCAUCAGGAAGGUUGCAGAUCAGGUCCAUCCUUCUGUGGAAUAACGACUCCGAUCAAUGGGCGGACGCUGUGGAUGGAUCCAGAAUGAGUGUUGAACUGAUUCUGGAGGAGAAGCUGAUCAAGCGUUCGCAGCAGAAGAAAAUAACUUCCCCUCUGAACUACAAGGAGCGGCUGUUCGUCCUCACCAAGAACAAACUGACGUACUACGAUGGAAAACCCGAGAAGAAGUUCAAGAAAGGCUCUAUCGAGCUCAGCCGCAUCCGCUGCGUGGAAAUCGUCAAGAACAACGGUGGGAGCAUUCCCUGCCAGAACAAGUACCCAUUCCAGGUCGUGUACGACACCAACACCCUGUACGUGUUCGCUCCGAGUCAGGACAGCAGGACCAACUGGGUCCAGAGACUCAAAUAUGAGAUCAAAGACAACAAGGCGGUGCUGGUGAAGUUUCACUCCAUGUUCUGGCUGGACGGGGCGUGGCUCUGCUGUCGUCAGGUGGAAAAGCAGGCCAUGGGCUGCGAGGAGUACAACCCCUACAGAGACAAUACUAGAAAGCCUCUUCCUCCCAUUCCAGGACCAAUUCAACGCCCGUCCCCUCCCCCUAUCCCCACGUCUGAGGACGAUGACGGAGACAUGGACGAGGACGACGAAGACGAAGAGGACACGGUGGUGGCGCUGUACGACUUUCCAGGAGCCGAGCCGCACGACCUGAGUCUGGUCAAAGGAAACGAGUACGUCAUCGUGGAGAGGUGCGACGCCAACUGGUUCAAGGCGCGCAACCAGUACGGUGAGGAAGGCUACAUCCCGAGUAACUACGUCACAGAGAAGAGGUCUGGGAACCUGGUGCAGUAUGGCUGGUACAGUAAACAGGUGAACAGGAACAAAGCAGAGGAGCUGCUGAGGAACGAGGACAAAGUGGGAGCCUUCAUCGUGAGAGACUCCAGCACUCCGGAAACCUACACAGUGUCUCUGUACACCAAGGGCUCUGCAGGAGACGGCGUCUCAGCCAUAAAGCAUUACCACAUCAAGCAGACGGAGACGUCACCCCCCCAGUAUUACCUGGCUGAGAAGCACCUGUUUUACUCCAUCCCGGAGCUGAUCGAGUACCACAAACACAACGCAGCCGGUUUGAUCACCAGGUUGCGAUAUCCUGUCGGUAAACGGGACAAAUCUGCUCCGUCCACGGCCGGCUUCAGCUACGAAAAGUGGGAGAUCAACCCGAGCGAGCUGACCUUCAUGAAGGAGCUGGGCUGCGGUCAGUUCGGACAGGUGAGGCUGGGCAAGUGGAGGGCUCAGCACAAAGUGGCCAUCAAGUUCGUCAGGCAAGGAGCCAUGCACGAGGAGGACUUCAUCGAGGAGGCCAAGAUCAUGAUGAAGCUGUCCCACCCCAAGCUGGUGCAGCUGUACGGCGUGUGCAGCCAGCAGAAGCCCAUCUACAUCGUCACCGAGUUCAUGGAGAACGGCUCGCUGCUCAACUACCUGCAGGAGGGGCGGGGCAGCUUCGACCUGGGGUCCUUGCUGAGCAUCUCCCUGGACGUGUGCGAGGGAAUGGAGUACCUGGAGGCGCACGGCUUCAUCCACAGAGACCUGGCGUCCAGGAACUGCCUGGUGAACGACUCGCGGGUGGUGAAGGUGUCCGACUUCGGCAUGACCAGGUUCGUGUUGGACGACCAGUACACCAGCUCGUCUGGCUCCAAGUUUCCCGUCAAGUGGUCUCCGCCGGAGGUCUUCAACUUCUGCAGAUACAGCAGCAAGUCUGACGUCUGGUCCUACGGUGUGCUGAUGUGGGAGGUGUUCACCGAGGGCCGCAUGCCGUUCGAAAACAACCCCAACCACGAGGUGGUCACCCUGAUAAUGCAGGGUCACCGCCUGUACAGACCCAAGCUGGCCACGCCCACCCUGUAUGACAUCAUGCAGCUCUGCUGGAAGGAGAGAUCCGAGGACCGUCCCAGCUUCUCCAGCCUCUGGGUCAUGCUCUCUGACACUCUGGAGGAGGACGUCUGACCCCCUCCUCCUCCACGCCGCCCCCCGGUGGCCACACCAACCUGGUGCCCCUCCUCACCGAGCAGUUAUCUGGAACAACCAAUGAAAAUGAGAAGAGGAGCAGCUGGUGUGACGCCGAGUCGCAGCCUGAAUGACAAGAACUGACAUCGGAUGACCCGGUUCUGGUUCUGUUAAAGACGAAUGGAUUCUUAGAACCUGAAGAUUCUCACAAAGUCUUGAUUUUUGUUUUGUAAUUUUACUGAGAUGAUUGUUGUUGUCCUUUUUCCACAAACGUCUAAUACAUUUUUGAAUAAUAAAAACAUGAUGUUGGAUUUUCUGUCUGAUCUA